AUAGAGUCCGUGUUGAUGCGCAUGCGCGGUCUACAAUUUCCUCUUACCUGGAAGCUACUAACGGUGUCAAUAGUUUUUAUUUCACGUCCUGUUUUUGCUCAUUAAGAGGAUUUCGACUGUCUUUUAUGAGUAAUCAAAGGCAGCAGAAGCCUACGCUAACAGGCCAGCGUUUCAAAACACGAAAAAGAGAUGAAAAGGAGAGGUUUGACCCUACCCAGUUUCAGGAAAGCAUCAUACAAGGUCUGAACCAAACCGGCACUGAUUUGGAAGCUGUCGCAAAGUUCCUCGAUGCAUCUGGUGCCAAGCUUGACUACCGACGCUAUGCUGAAACUCUGUUCGACAUCCUGGUGGCCGGUGGAAUGCUGGCCCCAGGGGGUACCCUGUCAGAUGAGGUGACCUGCACUGAGUUUUGUCUCUUCAAAGCACAAGAGGACAUGGAGACCAUGCAGGCAUAUGCACAGGUCUUUAACAAGCUCAUCAGGCGCUACAAAUACUUGGAGAAAGGGUUUGAGGAGGAGAUUAAAAAGCUGCUGCUGUUCCUCAAGGGCUUCACAGAGUCUGAGCGCAACAAACUGGCCAUGCUAACAGGGAUUCUGCUGGCCAACGGCAAUCUCUCUGCAUCCAUUCUUAGCAGCCUCUUCAACGAGAAUCUUGUCAAAGAAGGUGUUUCAGCGUGCUUUGCAGUUAAACUCUUCAAAUCCUGGCUUUCUGAAAAGGACAUUAGCUCUGUUGCUGCCAGUCUCCGAAAGGUUGGCAUGGACAACAGGCUCAUGGAACUGUUCCCUGCCAACAAGCGCAGUUGUGAGCACUUCUCAAAGUACUUCACAGACGCCGGGCUCAAGGAGCUUUCGGACUUUGCCAGGAACCAGCAGUCCAUAGGUGCCCGAAAGGAGCUGCAGAAAGAACUUCAGGAGCAGAUUUCACGUGGGGACCCCCUCAAAGAUAUCAUCGCCUACAUCCGAGAGGAAAUCAAGAAGAACAACAUCUCCGAGCAGACCAUGAUUUGGCUCAUUUGGUCCAGUGUAAUGAGCUCCGUGGAGUGGAACAAGAAGGAGGAGCUGGUCACAGAACAAGCCAUCAAACUUUUAAAGCAAUACAGCCCACUGUUGAAGGCUUUUACUUCCCAAGGCCUCUCUGAACUUACCCUCCUGCUCAAGAUCCAGGAGUACUGUUACGACAACAUUCACUUCAUGAAGGCCUUCCAGAAAAUAGUUGUUUUGCUCUACAAAGCCGAUGUCUUGAGCGAGGAGGCAAUUCUGAAGUGGUACAACGAAGCCCACCUCGCCAAAGGAAAGAGUCUUUUCAUUGAGCAGAUGAAGAAGUUCGUUGAGUGGCUCAAGAACGCAGAGGAAGAGUCCGAGUCUGAAGAAGAGGAGGCAGACUGAAGACCUCUAGCUAUAACUAGCAUGUUGAUUUGUAUUUUUACAUUAACAUAGCACCAGAUGCAGUAGAAGGAUUUGUUAAAGAAGUCUGUCUAUGUUUCCUUUUUUUUUCCUUUUUCUAUUCUAUUACCUCCUGGUAUCUAGUUCAACUGUAAUGUAAGGGCUUUAAUAUUGCUUUUAUUUUCAACAUGUUUUCUGUCGGAAUCAAUACUUGUACUCUUCUUUAUACUCCUUUGGGAGCCGGUCACAGUGCCACAUUUAGCUAAAUAGAUUGGAAACCCCUUUCAUGUAACAAAGUGGGACUUUUUUUUGGAUAGAUGGUUCCCUUUAAAAUAGCCAGUUUGGAGGCAUAUUUCAAAGCUAUUGUAUUUAGUCAUGGAACUCUUAUUGCCAGAAGUCCAUCUGUGUAGCCAUGAUAUCUUGGUCCCCUGAAAGGCAAACUGUUUUUGUAACCUCAUUUGACAUUUAUGCCAAUUAUGUGACAUAUUUUUUGCCACUUUUUAGAUUCUGUCUCCAUUAUUGGUGGCAGAGAUGUGCCAUUUAAAACAGCAGUGAUGAUUGUUGCAAAGCCCCAUAACAUGAACAUUAAUUGUUUUAUAUUCUUAUGUAACAGAACCAUGCAAGUUUUCUUUUUUUUUCCUUUACCAUACAGUUUGACUUUUUAAAAUAAAUGGAAAUGAAUGGUUUUCA